AUGCCAGUGGAGCACACCAGAGUGCUACUCAAGAAGGCAGAGAUCGACGAAAUGAAUGACAAUCCAGAAGACUCCGAUGACGCAGUCAGUCUAUACGCUAAGGAGCUACGCGAGGAGGCUGUGAAGCUUCUACGAACUCGUUUCCCUGAUGCAAAGGAAGUUGAUUCUUUGAAGACAUACAAUGAUGCUGUUUUCAUUUUGUGGCGAUGA